GGUUCAUUUUUAGCUGCAUGUUGUUUGCUUCAUAACAAGGGUGAUAUUUUGUUCCUGUACAAUAUUACUUCGCUAUACACAAAUAAAUGAAUUCUCAUAUAACUCUCUCUCAAAAUGAGGAUGAUUAUGACUUUGAUUUGGCCAUGGCUGCCCGGGAUCGAGAACAACACGACCUGAACGUGCGCAAUGGGGCUUAUCGCCAGGCGAUGAGCGAAGUAGCAGGAGAGUUGUACCUACACACCUACACCAGGGCGUUCCAAGAUGAGAUGCGGAAGAAGAGGGAGGCGUGGGGUGUCCCUGCUUACACUUUUGAAGGGUAAGCUAAGUUCCGAUUUUAUGGUAAA